AUGGCUAAGAAGACGUACGACUUGCUAUUCAAACUGCUUCUCAUCGGAGAUUCGGGCGUGGGGAAGACCUGUGUGCUGUUCCGCUUCUCUGACGACGCCUUCAACACAACCUUCAUCUCCACCAUAGGAAUAGACUUCAAGAUCAAAACUGUGGAACUACAAGGAAAGAAGAUCAAACUACAGAUCUGGGACACAGCGGGCCAGGAACGGUUCCACACCAUUACCACCUCUUACUACAGAGGAGCCAUGGGCAUCAUGCUGGUGUAUGACAUCACCAACGCCAAGAGCUUUGAGAACAUUAGCAAAUGGCUGCGCAACAUUGAUGAGCAUGCGAAUGAGGAUGUCGAAAGAAUGCUACUAGGCAACAAGUGUGACAUGGAGGACAAGAGGGUUGUACCAAAAGCCAAGGGAGAACAGAUUGCAAGGGAGCACGGCAUUAGGUUUUUUGAGACGAGCGCCAAGGCCAACAUCAACAUUGAGAAGGCCUUCCUCACGUUAGCAGAAGACAUCCUCAGAAAGACGCCGGUAAAGGAGCCUAACAGUGAAAAUGUGGACAUCAGCAGCGGGAGCGGCGUCACAGGAUGGAAGAGCAAGUGCUGCAGUUGA